UUAUGAAGGUCCAUUGUUUGUUUGUGGUCUGUGAAUCAGCUCAUUACGAAGUCUUCAAUGGACGUCCCAUCUGUGGUGGGUGAGGACGACGUCAGAAGUGAUCGACCAAUCAGCAAGACGACCGUUGGUUGUGUAUCCAAGCGUAGCCGGCGGGUCCAGCUAUAAUGGAGUAAAGCCGGUCAAAUCCACCUCCACCUACUGCAAUUCCUACAACUCUUUAUUUGAUUGAUCGAACUGAUUGAGGAGAAACGUCCUUCUUUUCCCUUUUCUUCCCCUCCAUCUCCACGUCCCCCAACAGGACUUACAGUUUUUGCAGACAACAGGGGAAAAGCAUUUUAAAGUUAGAAGAGUUGCGGAAGAGCCCGAUGAUGUCUGAACAGCCGACUGCUUUUAGUCUGCUUGUCAGAAUCUAGCAUGAAGGAAUCGUCCCAGACGAUGUGAAAACCAGUUCCUGCUCUGGCUGUUCGUCACAUGCGUCAGAAACUCAGUGCUGUAGGUUGAGUAAAGACUAGAUUGCAAGGUGUCCGACGACUUUCAGGCAAAACCCAGUAUGUUCUUCUGCAUCAUGCUAGUCUUGCUCCAAAUCAGAGCCACUCAGUCGGCCAUCCAGAACUUUCGCUUCCAAAAAUCCAGCGAUUGUAGAGGGAUGGCUUUGGCAGCAGUUGACAGGUAUCAGACAAUCAGAGCCCGAGGUAUUGUGGAGUGUGUCAACUUCUGUGGACUUGACUCUAGGUGUCUUUCCGUUGUAUUUGACACCAGUACUCUCCAGUGCUGCCUCGGAGCAGUCAAGGCUCAUCAGAACUGCUCCAAUAUGGAGCCAGCCUCAGAAGAAGAAGUCCACUUAGAACUGAUAAAGCCAUGCACCAACUACGGUGUGUCCAGCACUGACGAGCGAUGUGAUUGUCUCACCCUCGCCGACUGUCCAACACUAGCACGAGGUAAAGGCACCCUCCCAGUCAUUACAGUACAAGACUGUGGACAUUGUUACAAUGUCCUCUUUGCCGACUCAUGA